AUGGCGUCAAGCACCCUGAACAGGGGCCCUUGGAGGCCAUCAGUAGUGGCGCCCGCAAGUGCUGCACCUCUGCGAGACGGCGGCCACGUUCUGCAGCACCAGCAGCUUCAGGACGCCGAGCAACAAACCAAGCAACAUUACCAGCUGCAGGAGCAGCAGCAAAGCAGAGCAAAAGCAGCUGCUGCGCAACAUUCAGAUUCCACAGAAGAUGAAGCAAACGCCCGGUUCUACGAGGCAGAGGCAAAGAUCGAAGUCACAGCGCAGUGCAGAUCCAGAGAAGAUGUCUUCCAGGCGCUGAAAGACGCAAUACGGAUGCGUCCGCUUUUGUCUCGAAAGCAUCGCGAGCUGCUCGCGAACACCGUGAAGGCGAUGAUAUCAGACUGUCGUUCCUCUUACUACAUGAUUUCUGGAGCUCAUGCAGUUUUGUUAGCAGCAGGCCCAGCCUGGCGAGAAGCUCGAGACAAAGGUGCUCCUGCUGCUGCUGUUCGUGCUGCUGCUGCUGCUGCUGCUGGGCUGACGCUCGCAGGAGUAUCUCCGAAGGAAGCAGCAGAAACUGCAGCAGAAACAGCAGUUACAAAGGGUGUGGGUGCAACCCGUAAUCUGGUGCCUCGACACAAGGUACGUCAGCAACGGCAGCCAGCAGCAGCAGCAGCAGCAGCAGCAGCAGCAGUAUGGCCCCAGACUCUGCUGCAGCACUAA